AUGGAGCAACUGAUGCUCAUCGCAGUGAAGGCAGCCGGUUUCAGAAGUGACUUGCAGUGGAUCCUCUUCUGUGCAGACUUGCCCUCCCUCAUCCAAGAAGGCCCUCAGUGUGGGCUGGUGGCCCUGUGGAUGGCAGGCACUGUCUUGGUACCCCCCAGCGGCAUUCCCUUGGAGAGACUCGUGCAGAUGGCCGUGGAGAAAGGCUACACGGCCCAGGGAGAGAUGUUCUCUGUGGCCAACAUGGGCCGGCUGGCUGAGGAGGCACUGGGCUGCCAAGUUGAGCUGCUCCGUGGGGGCCUGGGUGGUCCCAACAGAGGCCGUGUGCUGCAGCACCUUGUCUCUGGACAUCCCUUGCUCAUCCCCUACGAUGAAGACUUCAACCAUGAACCAUGUCGGAGGAAGGGCUACAAGGCCCACUGGGCAGUGAGCACAGGGGUCCUGUUGGGUGUUCAGGGUGUGCCAAGCCCCGGCUAUGAGGAAGACCCUGAGCUGCCAGGCCUGUUUCACCCAGUGCCCAGCAUGCCCCACCAACUACCAUCCCUGCCAGAGGAAGGCUCGCUGGGAGCAGUCUACCUUCUUUCCAAGCAGGGCAAGAGUUGGCACUACCAGCUGUGGGACUAUGACCAAGUCCAGGAUAGCAACCUCCAGCUGACGGACUUCUCACCCUCUCGGGCCGCUGAUGGCCGGGUGUAUGUGGUUCCUGCUGGUGGGGUACGAGCUGGCCUCUGUGGCCAGGCCCUGCUCCUCAGACCAUAGGACUCCAGCCCCUAGCCUGCUGCUGCCCUAAACUGGGGGUGAUAGGGGCCAGACCCCAGCUUUUCCCUUUGUGUAACCACCCCAGGGUUUGGGCAGGAUCUCUUGAGGACCUUCAGCCAGAGGUCCUUUUUGCAGGUCCCCCCGGCCAUUCCAUUCUUAAGCCUGGGCAUCCUCCCAGCUCCUCCAUCCCCAAGCCCAUCCCCUCAGUAUUGAGCACCUACUGUGUGGGCUGGGGUUAGAGCCAGAAGCAGGACAGACAAGUUCCCUCUUCCAGGGGAGACUGACAACAGCUCAGACCCUGCGUCCUGUCCACCCACCUGAAUGUUGCAUCCAUUCAUUUCACAUUGGUGGUCACCCUCUUUUGAACCAUGAACAUCUCUCUGGACAGCUGCAAGAGCUUCACUGGGCUCCCUGCUGCCACCCAGGAUCUUCACGUGUGGUCAGGGCUGAGGGAGCCCCCAAAAAGCAAACUAGUUCUCCAGAGAAACUUCUAGCAGCUUCUUGUUCCUCA